UUUUCACCAUACAAGCAGAAUCAGUAUAAGGAAGAUGCGAUUCACAUAUCUUAUGUGGUUUAUCAGCGGAUUGUACAUUCUCUGCAUCGAUCCCGUAUCAGGACUCCGGAAAGGACAAUCAGAUGUGAUGAAGAAAACACCGAUGGCCAUUGAAGAGAGCAAUGACAAUGAAUCAAGUUCUGGAUAUUUAAAAUAUCUCAUUGCAAUGGGAGUUCUGAUCCCAAUUGUACUAAUGGGAGGUCUCGGUUGGUAUCUCUUUGUAAAACAGAAGGAGGCAAACUGGAACUUUGACAUGGAAAAGGGAAAACCUACAUGUCCCCAAACUCCCACAGAGACUAAAAAAGUGAUAAAGACAAAGCCCUCUGUGAAAGUCAUAGAUGAAACACAGGAUAAGGCGAAAAAAGAAGAAAAACAAACAAAAUCAAAGAGUAAAAAACAGAAAAAGAAAACGCCCUCUAUGGAGGAAUCAUUGGCCAAAGAAGAAAUACAAAAUGAGAUGGUGGGCAAAGAGGAAACUCCUCGUCCACCUGCAAAAAAGAUAAAGCGUAAGAAACAAACAGAGAUUAAAACCCCUGAGGAAGAAACAGCUCCCUCAGUGGUUGUGAAUAAAGAUGAAGAUCAGGAUUCAGCUUUAAAAGAGACAGAGCAUAGUAUCAAAAUAAAAAGACUGCCUUUAGGGGAAAAGGAAGAGUCGGAUAUAGACUCUAUCCUUCCAUUAUUGGCACAAUUCCUGAAGGAGAGGAGUCCAUCAGUUUGUCCCGUACAUAGGAGAUUUGAAUUUUAUGAAUGGACCGAAGAUAUUGGAGAAGAGGAAAUCAAUUCUGAACCUCCUCCUGCAAGCUUCACGCAGGUUACAGAAGACUCGGGUCCUUCAUAUACCAUUGUAAGGCACAUGCAGUGGGUACAUGAAGUCCCAGAUGAGAGUGAAGGGCAGGAAAAGAAAGAAGAGUCGCCCAGACAGAAAAAACAAAUAGACGGACAGACAAAGAAAGCUAUGAAGAAAUAAAGCGGCAAGUGUGCGCUAUUGUGAAGGUCCGGUGGCACCCCAGUAUUUAAUAAGCAUUGAAUAAGACUGGGGAAGCCAUCGGGGUAGGUAGAGGGGUUACAACUCUAGCAGUCUCUGCUAGAGUCCAGAAAACAAUAAAAGUUCAAAGAUGAAGAUUCAGCACUGCAGCAGUUCCAAUAGCUAGUGGAAUUAAACUUUUUAGGCUAAAAGAACUGAAUUUCCACCUGUAAAAAGUUUUUCUUUAAAUGACUAAUUCUAUAGUUGUUUUUACACACAUAC